UUAUUAACAUAAAAGUAACUUAGAUAAUAUCAAACUAUAUAAAUACGAGUGACGAACAAUGUUUAAAUUUUGAAACUUACGUUAAAAAUUCGAUCAUUCGAUUUUUGUUUAUAUGAAAUCAAAGAAUUUGCCUUUCAAUAUGAUCAAUAUUUAUUUCUAUUUUUUCUUCGCAUUUUUCAACUUCUUGUUAACAGUUGCUGAUAUUACACAAAAUGUUUUUUUACGUUUAUAUAACAGGAAUGGUUCAUAUAUUGAUGAAAAUAUAAGAAAUGCUAGUCUAUUUCUUCCUUAUAUACAAAAAAAUAAGUUGCUUAUAAUCCUUAUUCAUGGUUUCACUGAAGAUAUAAAUUCUUAUGAUAUAAAAAUAAUGACGAGUGUAUAUCUGGAGAAUACGCAACACAAUAUUUUUGUAAUUGAUUAUCGGAAUGUUAGUAAAGAAUCUUAUUCAUUUGCCAAAAAAGACAUAUACAAAAUUGGCAAAUUUAUGGCUGAUGCUUUGGACGAUAUGAUAGAGAAUGGCGUGAACUUUAAAAAAAUACAUAUAAUUGGAAUUUCAUUAGGAGCUGAGCUUGCGGGCAUUAUUGGACGCAACAUGAAUUAUAAAAUUGGCAGAAUAACAGGCUUAGAUCCUGUCGGUCCUGGAUAUUACAUUUUCAAUACUCAUUUGAGUGCUUCCGAUGCCGAAUUCGUAGACGUUAUUCACACUGAUAUGGGUGUCUAUGGUUUAGCUCUGAAAAUUGGUCAUGUGGAUUUUUUUCCUAAUUAUGGUUACAGACCGCAACCAGGUUGCCCGAUAUCAGAGAAUGAUAUUACACAAUUUUGCAGUCAUGGUAGAUCUAUCGAGUUCUAUAUAGAAUCAAUUAAAAACUCUACUGCGUUCAUUGGAAAAUGCGAAUUUUAUAGGUUAAAUGAAUGCAACAUUGAAUAUAUUCCAAUGGGAUAUGCUACUCCCAAUAAUGCGAAUGGUAAUUAUUAUCUUAUCACGAAUUCAAAGAGUCCCUAUGGUCAAGGAAGCACAGGAACAGUUUUUAAUCCACUGAAAAUUGUCCCUGUAUUAUAAAUUGAUUAUAUUUAUUUUACUGAUUUGUCUUUACUUAUAAAUCUCUUCUGUUUUUAUGCAAGAUAUUGAUAUAAUCGUAAAUUUAUUCUUUAGAAAUCAAUCAAUUUCAUAAGUCAAAAUAAGCACAAAAUUUGGUAUAUAAAAAAUUAUAAAAAAUGGUUAAUUGAGAUUUAUUUAUUAAAUUAUAAAUAAUUUAAGCUAUCAUUAGAUAACUUAAAGAGAUAAGAGAAGAAUAAGCAAAUUGAAGAUAUAAAUGUUUAUUCUAUUAUAUCAUCUCUCAUUUCAUUUAACGCAAACUUACAUUAAUUUUAUCUUAAUAUAUUUCAAUCAAUUGAUUUUUUUUUGUUUUUAGUUUAAUUUGGUUUUUAAUUUAAAUAGCUUAAUAAGCUAACUAUUUUAUGUUUAAAUUAAAUUAAACUAAAUAAUAAGAUAAUAAUCGAAAAUCACUGAAUAUAGUAUAUUUCAACUAUAUCAUUGUUUUUUAAAAAUAUCAUUUAUUACAUAUAUAUUAACUUUGUAUUCAACUUUGUUAAAAAGAUAAAAAAAUAUUUUUAUAAUGUAUUAAUCUGAUUUUAUCUAUAUAAAAGCCAUUUAAAA